CAUGGAACCAUGUAUUUCAUGCAUAUUCCAGUCACUUAGCCAAUGGGCCAUCGCGAGAUUUUUGAGUUGCUACAAAAAAGUCCCAGUUUAGUCGCAGAAUCCUCAUGUAAGCCUGCCUAGCCUUCUGUAAGUUGGUUAAAAAUAGUGCUGCAAAGCCUAAUAAGAAUGGUACUUAAGGUCUCGAACUUCUCACUUGAACUAAUUGCUAUUCCCUUUUGCACGAACGUAUCCCUGCCUCAUUAUUCUUAUCAUCAGAGAGCUCUUCAAAAUCGUUACCAUGGCGGAAAUCAGUGCCCUCGACCCCCUCCUCCCCUCUCGUGUGGUUCACCAGUUCCCCAUGCCUUCGUGGGUUGAAAAUCUCGCUAUAUGAUCUAACGGGCAGAUUGUCGUCACUUUUUCUUCAGCACCUGAAGUUUUCCUUGUCGGUCCCACCGAUCCCUCCAAAACCGUCCUGAUCCACAAAUUCCCCGACGUCUCAGGUAUGGCCGGGAUCAUUGAAGUGGAGCACGACAAGUUCUACGUUGCAGGAGGCAACUUCGAUCUCAGCACUUUCGUCAACCAAACAGGAUCUUAUAAGUUAUGGGAAGUAGACAUGACCAAUUUCGAAAGUGAUGGUAACGCUGCUGUCAAAGAGGUCAUGAAACUUGAGAAGGUCGGCCUUCCGAAUGGAAUGGAGGUACUUUCGAAAUCCGAAAAGAUUAUUCUCGCUGCCGAUUGUGAAGCCGGUGCCGUGUUCAAGAUUGACCUUGCAAACGAGACGCAUGAGAUAGCGAUUCAAGUUGACGAGAUGAAGAAUCCCGAGAAACCUUUCAUACCCAUCGCCGUCAACGGUAUUGCGAUCCACAAGGAAUACCUCUACUGGACCAACACUUCCAAGGAACUUUUCUGCCGAAUCAAAAUCCACAAAGACGGCAAAGCCGCUGGAGACGUUGAAAUCAUAGACCAAGGGCUCAUAGGCGAUGAUCUCUGCUUCGAUCGUGACGAUAAUGCUUGGAUUGCACGGAACCCGUUCAAUACUAUCACCGUGGCAAAGGCAAAGGGUGGCCUUGUGACUGUUGCUGGGAAAAAAGACCGAUUGGAGAUUGCUGGGGUAACUGCGUGCCAAUUCGACAGAAAAAGCGGCAACGAGCAUAUGCUCUACGUUGUUACGAAUGGCGGUCUAGGAGGACCUGUCAAUGGAAGCGAGGUUGAGGGCGGGAAGGUCUCGGUCAUUGACACCUCGUCGUUCAAAGCUUGAUGA